UCAGUAUUGUUUCGAGACUAUUGAUUUUGGUACGUAAGAUAGUAGUUAAUAAUUACUAAAUUAUUCGUAGAAUGGAAAUGGAACGUGAUUUGCCUACCGAAGAUGCUUCCAUGGAGUUAGAUGGCGGGGGAGAUGCCCAGCCAUCGAAAAGCCAGCUCACCCUAAGGAGCAGUUGGAGCCAAGACACUAUGACUGUGUCUACGGAUGAACUGCCUAGAUCGUCUGAACUUUGCUGUGAUGCCAUCCAUCUUGAUCUUCUAGUGGAGAAGGGUUUGAUCGAGUACGACAUGCUGGAUCAGCAAACUGAGGACGAGGCGGGCGACUAUUCGAGACGCUUAACUAGUACUUCGGAUCUGGGGGGAAUCGCGGACAUAGUCAACGAAAUGCGAAAAGAAUUUAUCGGCAAGUUAAGCUCAAAUGCCAAGGGUCUUAAGAGAAUCCUGAUACAGGGCAUUAUAGAGCCUGAGGAAGGUAGGUCAGUUCUUCGGGAUCAAAAUAGUGAGCUAGCGGCUAAGAAUGUUUCAGAGGUUGAAAUGGAAGUUCCCAAAUUCAUUAACGACAAGGAAUGUCGUCAAGAGGAAUUUUCAGCUGAAGACGUCAAACGGGAUGAUGACAUUGUUCAGCUCAUAAACGACAUAAACCAAUUUACCAGCGAGGUGGAGAGGGAUCCCGAUGGCGCGGACUGGUCUCAAUUUCGAGCUAACCUACUAAAGAUCCACAGGCACUAUGUGCAAAGUCCAGCGACUAUAGCCCCCUACCAGAUUGGAGUCUCUUCUUCUGACAUCAGCGUGCCUCUAGACGACCUUAAAAAUCAAGCGAAAUAUUUGCGAAGAAACAUUCAAGGCCUCGAAUCUAAGAUGCUCAACCUGGACCAAACCUUCGAAGAGUUCUCUGAAAAUUGCAAAUGUAGUAUGAUCAGCAAGGAGAGUGCAGAGCACGACAUGGAGGCGCUUUCGAUAAUGCGGGAAAGAAUCGGUCAAAGGCUCAGCGAGUUGGAGGAUGAAUUUCGAAGGGCUAGGAUACACUUGUUCUUGGGGGCAAACGACGCAGACCAAAAGAAUUAACGAGUUCUUUGAAUAGGCACCACGGAUCCCAAGUGUUUUGUGUGAUAUAAUUUGAGUGCCGCGGGGAAUAUAUAUUCCCAAAAAACGGUAUCCUAUCUGUAAUUAAGUCAGAAAUAAAAAGUAUUUCGAUAUCAUCAAA